AAUAAGUUUGUAGUGAGCAGCGUGAUAUGACAGAAUAAUAAUGGCACAACACAGUCACACGGGCUCAGAAGAAGAUGUGGGGGACCUCUUUAGUGAUUGUUUCUGGGAGAUGAAAGGGUUUAAACAGGUUGUAAAAAGGAUUGAUGACGGCGCUACUCUGACCGACAAUCUCACUCAACUAAUACAUGAGCGUGCAGAACUGGAACUGAAAUAUGCCAAAGGUCUCAAGACAUGGAGCAGAAAGUGGGAAGAUGCUGUCAAUAAGGGACCUGAAUACGGUUCAUUAGAACUAACAAUGAAAAACCUGACUGUUGAAGCAAACGAAACUGCAGAUAUUCAUUUGGAUGUGCGUCAGAAGCUGACUGGGAGCUCUCUUGAAUCAAUAAAACACUGGAAAAACUCAAAUUAUCAGAAAACUUUUGUGAAGUGGAAACAGACAGCUGCGGCUCAAGAAGGGUUUGAUAAAGUGCAGCGACCUUGGGCUAAGAGGUUUUUGAAAGUAGAAAAAGCAAAGAAAGCAUACCACUUAGCAGCUAGAAUGUUAGAACAAACAAAAGGUCAGCUUGAUAUUUAUACGCGGGACGCCAUGACCACAUCAGAUGCCCUUAAAAAGAUGAAAGAUAAGCUUAGCAAAGCAGAAACAGAAAGUGACAAAACAAGGGAUAAGUACCGGGACAGACUAAACGAGUUGGACAUGGCAAACCAGCAAUACAUCAACGAAAUGACAGUGGAAUUUGAGAAAUGUCAGGCAAUGGAGAAGAUAAGAAUAGAGUUCUUUGUUGAAACGAUAACGGACUAUCUGAAUUAUAUCGACGUUUCUAAAGACGCCAGGUUGACGAAUUCCUUCCAAAACAUACAAUAUGGACUCACUGAGAUGACUAUUGAAGAGGAUUUAAAGAAAUAUGCGGAUCAAAAAGGAACAGGGAUGGCGAUGGGUUGGCCCAAAUUUGUGGAAUACGAUGAAGUUGGCAGCACAUUACCAAUCGGAAGUCUCCAAAUGAAGGACAGCAACAGCAACAAUGGUUACGAAGAUAACAGAUCCAAUAAAGCUGGCAGUGCCAUUGGAGCUCCCAUUGGAAAUCCCUUCAACGGUUUUGAUGAUGUUGACUCGGAGUGGGGUGAUCAGAAUGCAUAUGUUGCUAUUCCCGCGCCUGCAGCCGAGGUUCGUGUAAUGGCCAUGUUUGAUUACUCGGGAGCAGAGGCAGACGAACUUUCCUUCAAGGAGGGAGAUGUUCUUAUACAGUUGGACGAAGAAGACGAGAACGGAUGGUGUCGAGGUUUAUUAAACGGAGUUGAGGGCCUCUACCCUGGGAGUUACGUACAACUAAUGAAGUAGCACCACUAACAAGUGCCUGAUCUAGUGAUAUAUCUCCAUUAUGUUUCUCACCACUGAAGUGGAAUGUUCCAGAUUACCCUGGACUCAUGGAUUGUUCUGGAACAAAGAGAUUGUUCUAUCAUAGUACAGAUGGUACAGAAUCUUUGGGGAGAGACUUUCAGAUACCAAAAAGCUUACAUUUCUCUCCCAUGUAUCCGAAACAUAAUUUCUUCAGCAUACAGCGAGAACUGGGGAAUGUCUCCGGAUGGAAAGAAUUUUUUUUUCGAAUUUUAUGGAGCUGGUAUUUUGGUAUUGUUUGACCGCUUUGCAUGAGAAUCUGAUCACUAUUUUACUGAAGAAUAUUUCGACAGUUUUUUGGUUGGUGUGAAUUUCGAGAGGAUUAUUUGAUGUACAGUGGAAUUUUUAUAAAACCUCGGCAUCAGUUAAAAGCAGUAGUUUCCAUAAAAAAAUGUCUCUGUCCCAUCAAAGAACGGCUUUGUUAAAAGUUCUUUGAAAAUGGGGGAAAAACACAGAAAAAUGCCAGUUUUCUGCUUAAAGUCUAGUCAUUAAUCACGUGGCAAAUAACAUGGAAGUUAGCCCUCUCUUUGUACGAGCAUAUUGUGGGAUAGCUUGAUUUUGUGCCCCCAUGGGGUGCUAAAAUCACUUUUUUUACUUAGAGCUAUACUGAUUUGAAUUGUAAUAUACUGUUGAGCUACUUUGUAAGUGAUUUGAAAUUGAUUGGAUUUAAAUUUAUAGUAAGUUACAAGUUAGACAAAUUUGCAUGGUCUCAAAGCAUUUCUGUGUUAAUUUUGGAGUUUAUCAUUUAAGAAGAUGAAAAUACCAGCGGCCAAGGACAGUCAGGCCUCUAUUCAAUAUGGCUCUCUAUUUUACGCGAUUUUGAGGCCAAGAAUCUAGCAUAACAUGGCGCCUGAAUGGAGUGUUUACGCCCUUCGAUAACUUUUCAUAUUCAUUCCAAGUGUGGUACUAAUCCCCUUAUACACGAAAGUUAUACGCGGAUGUCAAUCGUCAAUCGUCUGACUGUACCGGUCACUUCUCACUCACAGUCCGUGUUUUCUACUUUGGAUUGAUAGUGAUAUGUCCAAUGUUAGAUACCUACUAUUUUUUGAAGCAUCUCGAUUUUAUAAUGUUAAUGGUCAGACUUUUCUGGGACCACUGAAUAUUGAAGUAAGUGUUUCUGUAAUACCACUCUGAAACACGCCAGUUUCUGCCAUGCUAAAGUAGAAUACUUGUUAAAUAUCAUUCACUGAACAGAAUUUAUACAAUUUCAUGAAAGUUUACUAACAAUAGUUCACAAAUAA